AUCGACCGCAUUCUAUUCUUCAUUAGAGUGACUGCCUGUUGGUAAAAAAAAAGAAGCUAAAUGAGCACUUUUAGAUUGAAUAUAGGGGACAUUCCCCCUGAUCAAUUGACAAACUCGGAGAAAAAUUACUCCGCGGACAAAAAGGACGAACUCUAUCACACCUCAGCUUUCCGGAAGGAAUACCGCAAGGAAGAACCGGAACUGACCUUUGCUGAAAAGUGUAAAAAGUCGGCCAAGAAUUUGGUUAAUUGUUCCAACAAGAAAAAAUGUGUAGAAAAAGUCCUACCUUUUUUGAGAAUUUACAGAAAGUACAAAAUAAAAACAGACUUACCUAAUGAUGUAAUUGCUGGAUUUACAGUCGGCAUUAUGCAACUUCCACAAGGAAUGGCCUACGCCAUGUUAGCAGAUAUGCCUCCUGUUGUAGGGCUGUAUAUGGCUUUCUUUCCCGUUCUGAUUUACUUUUUCUUUGGUACAUCUCGGCAUAUAUCAAUGGGAACGGUAGCUGUGGUCAGUUUGAUGACUGGUUCAGUCGUAUCCAGUAUUUCACCACUAAACUCAAACUCUGUCACGCCCACGAGUUUUACUCCUAACGAUACAUACCUCAACGACACGGAGGGUAAUCACUCCCUGACUCUGGCCCCGGUAAUCCCCACUAUAGGCUCUUCCAGCGAGGACGACUUCAUUAUGCAGAAACUAGCUCUUGCUUCUUCUAUGUGCUUCCUUGUCGGGGUUGUUCAGGUUAUAUUCGGUGUCUGUAGACUUGGACUCGUGACUACCUACAUGUCUGACCCUCUAGUCAGUGGGUUCACCACAGGGGCUGCAGUUCAUGUUUUCACCAGUCAAGUCAAGUACGUGUUCGGAUUAAAAAUACCCAGAUUCCCCAAUCUCUUCCAAAUCAUUUACACAUACAAAGCAAUCUUCGAAAACAUAGCCAAGACCAACUACGUCACAGUCAUUAUUUCGGCUAUAUGCAUGGUGAUACUGUACAUUGUCAAGGUUCAAAUUAAUCACCGAUUUAAGCACAAGCUUAAGAUUCCUAUUCCUAUUGAACUUUUUGUGGUUGUAGCCGGGACUCUCUUGUCGUAUUUCUUUAACUUCCACACCGAGUACAAUGUUAAAAUUGUCGGAAAAAUCCCAGCAGGAUUGCCAGAACCCAAAAUUCCAAAUCUGAAGAGUGCUUUUGAACAUAUCAGUGACGCUAUUAUCAUUGCAAUUGUCGCCUUUGCUCAGUCGGUUUCGCUAGCUGCUUUGAUGGCAAAGAAACACAAUUACCCCAUGGACUCGAACCAGGAGCUGAUUGCAUAUGGUGCCGGAAAUAUUUUUGGUUCUUUCUUUUCUUGUUAUCCGUUUGCAGCUUCUGUAUCUAGGUCAUCUGUACAAGACUCCGCUGGUGGAAGGACCCAGCUUACAAGUGUGUUCUCUGCCUCUUUGGUAUUGGUUGUGAUACUUUUAAUUGGUCCUUUGUUUGAAUCUCUCCCUAAUUGCGUUCUGUCCUCGAUCAUAAUGGUGGCAUUAAGGAGCAUGUUUCUUCAGAUUUUGGAGUUGAAGCAGCUGUGGAAAGUUUCCAAAUAUGAUUGUGUAAUAUGGGUCGUGACUUUCCUGGCGGUAGUCAUUUUAUACGUUGACCUCGGACUCUGGGUUGGACUUAUCUUCUCUUUUCUUACCGUUGUUGUCAGAACCCAAUGUGCCAAAGCAGUUUCUCUGCAGAAGAUACCCGAUGUUGAAAUGUUUGCAGAUGAGAAGAAAUAUAUUAAGACACAGUCCCAGUAUGGAAUAAAGGUGAUUGGCUUUAAUUCACCUCUGUAUUAUGCAAACGGUGAUAUGUUCGUGAAACAGGUUUUCCAGAUCGUUGGUCUGAAGCCAGAGAGAGCUAGAAAGCAGAUCAAACGUUUAGGUUCUAUACUGGAGUUCCGCAGGGUGAGUCAGUUGACCUUAGUCUGUGGUUCAUACAGCCAUGUUGACCCCAACCCACCUUUAACACCAACUCAAAGUCUUGGUGAUCAUCCCAAUGUAUCCAUGACAAUAAGCAACGGCUCAUCUAAUGAACUGAGCCAUAAUAACAGCACUUCCGAUCUUCAGAGCAACGGAAGUGGUGUCAGGUCACGAACAGGAAGCAUUAAAGCCGGAAAUGGAAACCUGGGAUACGUGCAUCACGUUAUCAUUGACUGUUCGAGUAUGUGCUUUAUUGACUCCGUGGGCAGCAAAGUUCUGAAACAGGUUAUUGAGGAGUAUAAAACAGUGGGUACGAUCGUAUUUCUGGCAGCGGUGAGAGAUGAGGUGUGGCGAGUGCUGGAAGCCACGGGAUUUACCGAGAAAUAUGAUUCUCAAAUCUACCUUUCUGUUCAUGACGCUGUAUUGGCAGCAACCAUUGAAGGCGAGGGGGAAUACGCAGAUGGGUCAACAAAACAAAGGAUGUGUACUAUUAUAGAAGAGGUUGACCCUCAGGUCGAUGACCGUUUAAUGGCGGAAUUUUAUUAGUAUAGAAUUCGACUCACAUCUAAUGACAACGACACAAUAGCAGGGACAAAAAAGAGCACUAUUGUUUCAGUAUUGUCUUCCACAAUUCAGGAACAACAGACAGAUAAUUUGUUAUGAGCUUUUGUUACACCUCAUAUUUAUUUGUCAAACCUCUUGUUUGCGUCAGAGGUUUUACAUUUACAUUAUUAAUACUCUUUUAAGAUGAUUUACAUGCUUUCAUUAAAGCAUGUGUCAUACAUGUCAAAGAAGACGUGUAAAUCCACAUGUGUGGAAAAAGACCAAAUAUUUUUAUUUGUAUAUAUAUUUUUUUCAUAAAAUAUACAUGUUAUUAAAUAACUUGUAUAUAAAUGAGCUUCCUAAAGUACAAAUUUGAAGACAAUUAUUGUUAUCUUGCGUAUAUACUGUUGCAUAUGUAUAUAAUGUAGUUUUAUUUUGAAUUGUUAAACGG